ACCCAAACAUAGAAGGAAAUCCCAUUACCCAAAUCUCACACCUUUACGUGAGAUUUGAAAUCCUAGCAAGCACGAAGGUUAUCUGGCUCCUUCGAACACAACAAUCGGCAGCGGAACUUCAAUCGACAGAGUACACAUAAUGUCACAUAGUGACAUGGCCCAAGAUAAUGAUAGUGAUAUGGAUGAGAUUGAAGAAGAUGAGAGUAGAGAAGAUAUGUAUAGACAUAUUAGAUAUUUAUUUGUAGUCAUUCAGACCGCCAUAUACAUGUUAAGCUUGCACGUAGUUAAAAUGCAUCAGAAUCGUGUGAACCGUUACUCACUUGCGAGGAGACCAAAAACUAGAGAUGGCUAUGACUAUAUUCAUAAAAUCCUGAAGGAAGAUCCAAAAGAUUUUCGGGAUAUUUAUAGAAUGUAUCCAGACGUUUUCUUGAAAUUAUGCCAUAUUAUUAGGGAGAAACAAUUGUUGGCAGAUACAAGGUACGUCAGCAUUGAGGAAAUGCUUGCAACAUUCUUAGUUAUUGUUGGUCAGAAUAAUCGUUAUUGUCAAUUGCGCAAAACAUUUGGAAGAUCACAUUUCACUGUUAGUCAAAAUUUCAACAAGGUUUUGAAGGUGCUACAACAUUUUGCGGUUGAAAUGAUGGCAAAACCUGGACGUACGGUGCCAGAAAAAAUAAGAGAAAGUACCAGAUUUUAUCCGUAUUUCAAAGAAUGUCUUGGAGCUAUUGAUGGCACACAUAUACCGGCAAUGAUAUCUGGCCGUGAAACAAGUAGCUAUAGAAAUCGUCAUGGGAUUAUUUCACAAAAUGUUUUGGCUACUUGUAACUUUGAUCUACAAUUUAUGUAUGUGUUGAGUGGCUGGGAGGGAUCAGCACACGAUUCAAAAGUUUUGACCGAUGCAUUGACAAG